CAGUUUAUCAUUUACAAUUUGAACGUAUCAAAAUCAAUAUGUUCUCCAAAAUCGUAGCCCUAUGCGCCUUCGCGGCUGUAGCCCAGGCUGGUCUCCUGGUUGAGCCGCACUACUCCUCGGCCGCCGCCGUCUCCUCGCAGAGCAUCGUGCGACACGACCAGCCCCAGGCCGUGGCCCACAAGCUGGUGACUGCCCCCGUUGCCUACCACUCCGGCCCCGCUCACGUCGCCUACCACGCCGCUCCCGCUCCCGUGACCUACCACGCUGCUCCGGCCCCCAUCGCCUACCAUGCUGCUCCUGCCGCUGUUCACUACGCCGCCCCCCCGCACUACUCCUCGGCCGCCGCCGUCUCCUCGCAGAGCAUCGUACGUCACGACCAGCCCCAGGCCGUGGCACACAAGCUGGUAGCUGCCCCCGUCGCCUACCACUCCGCCCCCGCUCACGUCGCCUACCAUGCCGCUCCCGCUCCCGUGACCUACCACGCUGCUCCCGCCCCCAUCGCCUACCAUGCUGCUCCUGCCGCUGUUCACUACGCCGCCCCCGUCGCUAAAUAUGUUGCCCACCACGAGGAAGAAAUUGCUCACCCUAAAUACGAAUACACUUACUCGGUGGCUGAUGGACACACUGGCGACAACAAGUCCCAGCAGGAGACACGCGACGGAGAUGUCGUGAAGGGCUCUUACUCUUUCCACGAGGCUGACGGCUCCAUCCGCACCGUGGAGUACACCGCUGACGACCACAACGGCUUCAACGCGGUGGUGCACAACACCGCCCCCACGCACGCGCCCGCCGUCCUCAAGGCCGCUCCCGUCCUCGUCAAAACUGCGCCCGUCUACGCCGCUCCCACUUACUACCACCAUUACGGUGUACUCCACGGUGCGGAUGGAGCCGUCAGCCUCGUGGAAAGAGUAAGAGCCCUUCACGACAUCUCCGUCGCGGGUCUCCUGCUGGGACUUGUUGUCGCCGUGAACAGCGGCAGGAGCAGCAUGGUAGGCGAUUGGGGCGGGGGCAGCGUGGUAGGUCACGGGAGCGGGAGCGGCGUGGUAGGCGACGUGAGCAGGAGCGGCGUGGUAGGCGACGGGGGCAGCUACCAGCUUUUGGGCCACGGCCUGAGGCUGGUCAUGGCGCACGAUGCUCUGCGAGGAGACGGCCGCGGCCGAAGAGUAGUGCGGCUCAACCAGGAGACCGGCCUGGGCUAUAGCCGCGAAGGCGCACAAAGCGACAAUCUAGAACAAUUUCAAUACGACACAGACAUCAUUCAGACUGUAGACGUUGAAGAACCAAACAUGUUUUCCAAAAUCGUCGCUUUGUGCGCCUUCGCUGCUGUAGCCCAGGCCGGUCUCCUGGUUGAGCCGCACUACUCCUCGGCCGCCGCCGUCUCCUCCCAGAGCAUCGUGCGCCACGACCAGCCCCAAGCCGUGGCCCACAAGCUGGUAGCUGCCCCCGUCGCCUACCACGCCGCUCCUGCUCAUAUCGCCUACCACGCCGCACCUGCUCCCGUCACGUACCACGCCGCCCCCGCCCCCAUCGCCUACCACGCCGCUCCUGCUGCCGUCCAUUAUUCUGCCCCUAUCGCUAAAGUAGUAGCCCAUCAUGAGGAAGAAAUCGCUCACCCCAAAUACGAGUACACUUACUCCGUGGCUGACGGACACACCGGCGACAACAAGUCCCAGCAGGAGACCCGCGACGGAGAUGUCGUGAAGGGCUCUUACUCUUUCCACGAGGCUGACGGCUCCAUCCGCACCGUGGAGUACACCGCUGACGACCACAACGGCUUCAACGCGGUGGUGCACAACACCGCCCCCACGCACGCGCCCGCCCUCAUCAAGGCUGCGCCCGUCUACGCCGCUCCCGCCUACUACCAUCACUAAUAUAUUUAGGAAAAUUGUUACCAAAGAUGAUUGAUAGAAACUGGCGGAAUUG